GACCGAGCUACUCCGGUGUUGCACAUUCCCUUGACAUUAAACUUCUUGGAACCCCCCACUCGACUUCAUUUUCCUGCAAGCUGUCAAAACCUCACCCAGAAUGUCACCACCUGUAGCUAGGUUGGCAUGCGAGCCCUGUCGCCAGAGGAAGUGUAAGUGUGAUAGAACACUCCCGUCAUGCUCCAAAUGCCAGGGAGCCCCACAAAGAUGCUAUUACUCCGAAGCGAACAAAAGAGGUUUACCCCCCGGUUAUCUUGCGGGAAUUGAACUCCGCCUAAUUGAGACUGAAAACGCUCUACACAGAGCACUUUCGAAACUGUACAACCGUCCUGAUGCUGGAUUCCAAGAAAGUCCAGAAUUUCUACAACUCUCCAAGGGGGAAAUGAUGGAGCAGUGGCAAGAGCUACCUUUGGAGUCAGAGGUUGAUCUGGAAGCAUGGUGGUCUCGGAAAACGAAAUAUGUCGAACCACUCAAUGGCGAGUGGGGCUCACCGGAAGAGACUUCUACUCCCGAAACACAGAUUGCUCGUAGGAUCGAUGGCAUUCCGUCUGUUGACUGGGAGCCUACAAAUGAAAGACAUGGAAAUGUUCCAGAGAGUACAGAUACAAUCAUCCGGGAGACUGUGACUAGUACAGUUUCUAGUCUACCAAGGCUCUCGAACUCAAUCGAAGUGCAAAAGAGUCCUGUAGACCCUCAGCUCCAGUUUGAGAGCGAAAUCCCCGAUUCCUCAGGCUGGCAGAGAAAUACACAAAUACACAAUCUUAAUGAUACUAUGGCGGUUGCAGAAUCCUUUGCACGAGCGCAUCAUAAAACAUAUUUCUAGCUCAAAUUGAAAAGACUGUGAUAGGCAAUACAAAGAGAUUACACACAAUGCUUCAUAAUUGCAUUCCUGUUUCAAAUGGAGGCUUCAAUUUCAUUAUGUAAGUUGGUAUGCACUAUACUACUCAGACUUAAAAUAAUAGGAAUGUGUUCUUGCGCUUUGGUAGGAAUCCA